CUCCAGUUCAAGUAGUGAUUGCUAGCGGUACGGAAGUGUUCUAUACGAUCUGAUCGGCUUGCUGUUGAUAUGAAUCAAAUAAGUAUAAUGUUUUUUUGGCUGCUGCUCCUGUCAGCGAACCAGUAUCGUUGUAUGGCCAAUGUUUUACUCGAUACGUUCGAAUUUCCCCAAGCAGUGGAUGAAAAAAUCGAACCUCCUGCAACUGAACCAGCUUUUAUUAAAACGCUGGAACAACUGAGAAAUUAUCCGGCCGUCCACAGAUAUUGCAACGAGUUGAAAAAAUCAGACCCUUCCGGAGUAUACAGAAUGUACAUAGAUCUGGACGAAACAGCUGUGGUUUACUGCGACCAGAAGUACGAAGGCGGAGGAUGGACCGUGAUACAGAAUCGCUUCGACGGUUCCGUAAAUUUUGACCGCGCUAUAACCGAAUAUGCGGAUGGAUUCGGCUGGAUUGAUGGGGGAGAGUUUUGGAUGGGGUUGGACUUAAUUCAUCAACUGACCUUUUCGGCACCUCACGAGAUAGUAAUAUUGCUUAAGGACAUUGAUGGCAAUUCGUACAAUGAAACAGCGGAUUAUUUUGCAGUAACAAAAUACAAUUAUGAUUAUAGAGCGAAGAUAUCAGGUGUCUCGAAUGGAUUAAUGAUUUCCAAUUGGGAUGGAACAUCGUUUUCCAGAGAUACAUAUUGGUGGACUGGUGCGUACGGCACGAUAAAUGGACGAUACUUUAGAGAAAAUUAUAUAACACAAUUUCCCGGUACAAAUCGCAUGCAGUGGCAAAUUAAUGGAAAGAAUUACCAGUUGACAUCUUCCAGAGUGAUGAUUAGAAGAAAAUCGAAUCAUUCACAAUAACAUUAUUUGCAUUCAAAAUAAUUAAUGAAUAUGAAAUAUAAAGCCUACUGCAAAGAAUCUGGAAAAAAUGAAUGAA